CUUCACUUCAGCUUGGUACAGUCCCCGUCGCCCUGACGUCACUCCUGCAGCCCCUCUUUUUGUCCCUGUUCUAGGCCGGUUGUCUCUAUUGAUGCUGCGGUUGCUGGAGAGAAACAUGAAGUUACUUUUUGCUGCUGCCCUCAUUGCGGGCUCCGUCAUCUUCCUACUCUUCCCUGGUGCCUCCGAGGCCGAUGAGAAGAAGAAGGGACCAAAGGUUACCGUCAAGGUGUACUUUGAUAUAAAGAUUGGAGAUGAGGAAAUCGGAAGAGUAGUCUUUGGCCUCUUUGGCAAAACUGUCCCCAAGACUGUUGAGAACUUUGUUGCUCUGUCAACUGGCGAGAAAGGAUUUGGCUACAAGGGCAGCAAGUUCCAUCGUGUUAUCAAAGACUUCAUGAUUCAGGGAGGAGAUUUCACUAGAGGAGAUGGUACAGGAGGUAAAAGCAUCUAUGGGGACAGGUUCCCUGAUGAGAACUUCAAGCUCAAGCACUAUGGUCCCUACUGGGUGAGCAUGGCAAAUGCUGGCAAGGACACCAAUGGAUCUCAGUUUUUUAUCACCACAGUUAAGACAACUUGGCUGGAUGGCAAACAUGUGGUGUUUGGUAAAGUGAUAGAAGGAGAGGAUGUGGUUAGAAAAAUUGAAUCUACCAAGACAGAUUCCCGAGACAAGCCUCUGAAAGAUGUGAUCCUUGUAGAUUGUGGAAUAAUUGAGGUAGAGAAGCCAUUUGGAAUUGCCAAAGAGUAAUCUAAGAGGAGAGCCCACCAGAUCAGACAAUGCUCUUCCAUCACUGCGUCUGCCAGAACUUGAAGAUUCCUUAAACCAGUUGCCUUUGUUCAGUGACUGGCAUAAAGCUGUUUACCACCUAACCAGUACUGUAUAUGCAGCACUGGACUAAUCUGAAAGUGACCAAGACAAGUGACUGUCUAACACCACUUAUUGGAACAUACAGUAAAUUGACUUGUACAUUCCACCCAAUAAAUGUUCAGUUUUUAAAUUGGAAAUGAGAAGACCGUGAUGAUAUCAAAUUCAUUGGAAUAAAAACGGUUUCUAUAAAA